UUCCAGAAAUCACCACCACCUCUCACUCACUUUUAAUUCUCUCUCUUAUUCAAUUUCAAUUGUUGUUUAAAAACAUAGAAAAUGUUUAUCGAGAGCUUUAAGGUUGAAAGCCCCAAUGUCAAGUACAGUGAGGAUGAAAUUCACUCUUUGUACAAUUACGACACCACGGAGCUUGUUCACGAGGAGAAAAACGGUGCUUAUCAAUGGGUUGUUAAGCCAAAAACUGUUAAAUACGAGUUUAAAACCCAAACUAAUGUUCCUAAGCUAGGGGUUAUGCUUGUUGGAUGGGGAGGCAACAAUGGGUCUACCCUAACUGCGGGUGUUAUCGCUAAUCGGGAGGGAAUCUCUUGGGCAACUAAAGAAAAGGUGCAACAAGCCAACUACUUUGGUUCUCUGACUCAAGCAUCAACCAUAAGAGUUGGGUCAUUUAAUGGAGAGGAGAUCUAUGCCCCUUUCAAGAGCCUCCUCCCUAUGGUGAACCCAGAUGACAUAGUGUUUGGGGGAUGGGACAUAAGCAGCAUGAACUUGGCUGAUUCCAUGGCCAGAGCCAAGGUGUUGGACAUUGAUCUCCAGAAGCAGUUAAGGCCUUACAUGGAGUCCAUGGUCCCACUCCCUGGUGUCUUUGACCCGGACUUCAUCGCAGCCAACCAAGGCGAGCGUGCUGACAAUGUCAUCAAGGGAACCAAAAACGAACAGAUCCAAAAGAUCAUUAAGGACAUCAGGGAGUUUAAGGAGGCUAACAAGGUAGACAAAGUGGUGGUACUCUGGACUGCAAACACCGAAAGAUACAGCAAUGUAAUGGUCGGGCUUAAUGACACAAUGGAAAGCCUGUUUGCAUCAUUGGACAGAAAUGAGGCAGAGAUUUCACCAUCCACCUUGUAUGCUAUUGCUUGCAUUCUUGAAAAUGUGCCUUUCAUUAAUGGCAGCCCACAAAACACUUUUGUACCAGGGGUUAUUGAUUUGGCUAUCAAGAGAAACAGCUUGAUUGGUGGUGAUGACUUUAAAAGUGGUCAAACCAAGAUGAAGUCUGUUCUUGUUGACUUCCUUGUUGGAGCUGGCAUUAAGCCAACAUCAAUUGUGAGCUACAAUCACUUGGGAAACAACGACGGAAUGAACCUCUCGGCCCCACAGACAUUCAGAUCCAAGGAGAUCUCCAAGAGCAAUGUUGUUGAUGACAUGGUUUCAAGCAACGCCAUCUUGUACGAGCCCGGGGAGCAUCCCGACCAUGUGGUCGUCAUCAAGUACGUGCCAUACGUCGGAGACAGCAAGAGAGCAAUGGACGAGUACACGUCUGAGAUAUUCAUGGGCGGUAAAAGCACAAUCGUCCUACACAACACAUGUGAGGACUCUCUGUUGGCCGCUCCAAUCAUCUUGGACUUGGUCCUCCUUGCUGAGCUCAGUACCCGCAUCCAACUUAAAGCUGAAACCGAGGGUAAGUUCCAUUCGUUCCAUCCGGUGGCUACGAUUCUGAGCUACCUUACAAAGGCCCCUCUGGUGCCGCCGGGUACACCAGUGGUGAAUGCGCUAGCGAAGCAGAGGGCGAUGCUCGAGAACAUAAUGAGGGCAUGUGUUGGAUUGGCACCAGAAAACAACAUGAUCUUGGAGUACAAGUGAUCUAUCUGGGCAUGGCUGGCUUAUUUAAAUUAUCAAUACGUUAUUUGCAUUUUCAAAUGUAACGUCUGUCCUGUGCUGUGCUUUGCUAGUUUGCUUUGUUGUUAAAAGUAUUUAUUUGGAGAUGAAUAUAUCUCAAAAUAAACCCUAGUUUUUGUGGUGAAUAUGCAAGCUCCAUCCUUUCUUAUGUCUCA